AUGCGGUCGUCGUGGACGGGUUUGGCCUUUUUGGCUCUUCUUGGAGUUGGAUUCGUGCUUGCAAGCACUGCCCAAGUACAGACAAUGUCUCAUACUGAGAGAUGGAACGACCUGUCUGCCAAGUUUCGUAAUUAUCACCAGGAUCAGUUCAACAUCUUCCUGCACAUGAUAACUACUCCUCUUGGAGUUCUCAGUGUCUUGUCACUUGUCAACAAGGUGACAGGAACCAGCUUUCUCGCAAAGAUCUUGGCCCUUGCGUAUUGUGUGUCCAUCAUGGACAAGCUUCCAAUGCACAUUCUUGCCUUGACCACCUUGGUGUCAACUGGAAUCGCCUUGGGCUCAACCCUGUCGUCUGGCCUUGGCUAUCUGACCCACAUGGUCAUGUUCAUCGUUGGAUACUUCGGACAAGAUCUGGCUCAUUUUGCCACGGGCGAGAAGACCUUCCAGAGCAGCUACCAGCAGGACUCCAACUUCUUGGAGCUUCUCGCUGAGCACACCUACUACCUCCUUCCUCUCGUGUUCGAGAGCACCAUGCCUCCUCAGACUGCAUGGACUGGUGGUGAGGCCAAGUUCGAGCAGAUCGUGCACACCCUCCCGUGCUUGGUGGCUUUUGUCGUUUACUUCUUGAGCACCUCCGGCGCUCUGCUCUUCCCCUGGCAGUUCCAGAAGUCGAGGGUGCUGAUCGUCAAGCUCAAGGAUGCUCAGGACUUGAAGGACCUCGCUGCCAUCCGCUCGUGGGCCAUUUCCAAGGGUCCUUCCACCUCAACCUCUACCCACUGGUGGUACCAGGCUCCCAAGCCCGAUACUCCCCCUGAGCAGUGCUUGGAGAAGGCCCCCAAGGAUGCAUUCUACAGGAUUGCCAACUGCCCUACCAUCACGAACUUGUACAAGAACCACUUCGGAUCCAACUGGAAGGUUGAGGUUUUGGAUGGGAUGAACGAGGUGUACGUGUCCGCCCCUCAUACCGUCAAGAAUACUUCUGAUGAGGUCUUCUACACGAGACAUAUCGAUGGACCAUACUACUACAUCCCCUUCAGCUCCUGCUUCCGUAUGAUCAUCGGUCUUGAUGCCAAUGAGGAGAUCACCACCAAGUUUCCUCUUGUUCCAACCGAGCUCGCUGCUCAGAACGGAGAUGUUCUUGCCUUCGACUUCCAUAGAGAGGUGCACUACAUCGAAAAGAACUAUGGUGUUGUCAACAAGGACUUCCGUAUCGUGCUCAAGGUCCAUCACGUCAUCUAUCCCUCGUGGGCCUGGCCUUUCGGAAAGCUCAUGGGAAUCUUGUCCACCCGCUACAACAAGUUGUUCCGCUCCCUCUUCCUCUACACCAUCAACCCCAAGGGACUGUUCAACAGGUUUGCGGCAUGGAAUGUUGUCUUCUGGACGAAGGUUGUGCAUCAGAUCGAAGAGAAGGUCGGCUACUGCAACAUCGGAUACAUCGCAGCCCUCGCUGUCGUCUCCUUUUUCACCACCUACAAGGUGUUCCUGGUGGGCACAAGCUUCAUCCACUACCUGCGCUACAUCAACACCUACUACCAUCGUGAGGGCGUCGCCUACGGAGUCUUCAAGAGAGACGUCUUCCUCUUCAAGGCUCUCUCGAUCUCCCAGCUCGUCUUGUUGUAUGCGUCAGCCGUCACCAACAACUUCACCGACCUCUCGCUCGCCUUGAAGACUAGCCCCAUCGACUACGCCAUGAUCUUCGGAGGCUAUGCUCUCUCCAUCUACACCACCUUCCAGCUCGGUGUUGAUGGAACUUACUUCGGGAUUGAGCUCGGCUUCGUCAAGGCCUCCAAGCACUACGUGCAGAAGUUCCCCUACGGCGUGAUCCCUCACCCCAUGAUCCUCUCCCAGUGCGUCGCCAUGCUCGGUUUCAUGCGUGCGGAGGCCUUCAGGUCCAGCUGGCCCUACCUCGUGCCCGCGCACGUGUGCCUGUACAUGGUGCACAUGCUGCAGGAGCACUUUGACAUCUACAAGAACAAGGCGAGCAAGUCUGUUUCUUUGAAGAGCGCGUGA